AUGCGUAUCGAAAUUACUGAGAAAAAAAUCACGAUCUGGCUAUUCGGCUUGGCGUCCUUUUCCCGUCUCAGCCUUUUGGUGUCUCCCAUAUUUCCACCGGAGCGUUUUAUGCUGGUGGCACUGAAAACCAAAAACUACGCCACGUCGCUGGCCCAUGAAAACCUUGGAUCCGAACUAAAUAUGGUCUCAGUGUACUUUGGCGAAUCUGCCCACAAAUCAGAUAAUGAAGGGCAGAUGAUGGAGUAUUUCGCAUCGUCUACCCAUCACCGUCAUCCUAAGUUAUUUAAUAACCAGUCGCAAUCUCUGGCAAGUGUGAUGAUAUCCAUAAUUGCGGAAAUGGUGAUCCGCUUGCGAUCGUUCCGCAAUCAAUGGAAAUUUGCCUGA